AUGUCACACUUCUUCUACUUGACUCCACAAAUUCUUCUGCCCUUUAGCCCUCUUACUUCUCAAGAGUUUGAUCUGAUCAGACGCAAAGCUGGAGCGUCUUGGCAGGAUGAAACACGAUGGUCAGAUUCUUCCAUGACAACAUACAUAGGCAGUUACCGGAAAAAACAACUGGACAAGUCCGCAUGCAGCCGAUUUUCUUUUAGAGCAGGACAGCAUCAGCCUGAGUGUAAACAGAUGUCAUUGCCAAACAGUUCUGCCUGUCGUCUUCUCUGCUGGGCUGGUACCCAAGAGACUACAGAUGUCAAAGGACUAUUCCCUGAAAUAACCAGGCCCUUUAAAAAGUCAUUUGAUGUCAAGCAUGGAGUGGCACAUCAAAUUUGGGAUUUUGGUGAUUGUUUUCCAACACCUCCAAAUUAUGGAAAAUACUGUGUAAGACCUAAAAAGCUAGCACAGGAGGCCCUGAUAAACUACAGUCGACGAGGGAAAGGUGUCCUAAAGCAUCUUCAUGGACGGUGCGAUUCUGAAAGCAAGGUUGGCUCAUCUGAGGAUUCGGAAGCUGAUCGAUACUCUGAUUAUGGCUGGGGAGGACCCUCAUCGCCAUUUAACUGAGUUGGAAAACGAAGCCACAGUGCUGGAGGCGUGGAGUUUGCUUAAUAAACAACUUUGAGAUUCAACUACAAAGAAAGAAUUAUGAACAGAAGCUCUACUACUUCAUAAAGAAGAAGAGGCCUUGAUUAAUAAAUAACCUGACACCCUUCAGAUGUUGCACAGGGAAAAACGGAAUGCCCCAAUUUCUGGGAGUCACUGUACUUCACUUACCCAGGAGCUUGUUUUACAGGCAUUUGCCUGCUUAGUUAAUUGUAGUUAUUCCCAAAAUAAACCCCAUUUUGUGUGGGACUCUUCUAUUCUGAGGGAAUGAUGUAAGCAAGAAUAUUGGCUGGAGUAUCUUGAAUAUCUGUGAUGGAUGGCUCCUCAGAAUGAAUCCUAAAUCUCCAAGGGACCCCUUUUAUCUUGUGAUUUUGCUCAGAGGUUCUAAGCUGCUGCUGGGAAGGGUUCCAGUUCUAUAUUCUCUGUCUUCUGGAAGCACUGAUGAAAUCACUCAGGUGCUAUCCGCUUCCAUCUCUCACUAAGCACCUCUUGGCUCUCCUUCGUCCCCACAGACUGAAAGCAUGGAGGUGACUAAUGAGAUGUGUCUUCCCCUUCAAAUUGUUCACAAGUCCCACAUGACCUUUGGCAGGCAGGGGUUCCACCGUGGUGCUUCUGACUGUGGAUAAGGGGAAAUACGUGCUCACCACGGCUUGCUAUUUCUCCUUGCUCCCAUGACCAGUGCGGCAGCUCUGUUAAAUGGUCAGGCACGGUUUGUUGGUGGCCCCCAAACAAUCCAUCAGCAGUGGACACAUUAUAGAAAACAUGGCUUUGAGUCUUAGCUUAAACUACAUUUAUGUAGCAUGACAGUAGGAGAAAUACCUAAUCGUGCUUGGAUUACAAUUCAAACAAAGGCCUCAUGACUGUCUUGCAUAUGCAGGGUCCACACACUGUUUUCCAGAGAAGUCAAGAUGGGAGAGGGUGUGAUCUGUUCUGUCACGAACAGUUCUGUUUCCAGACCAUUUCUCAAAGUCACUGAAGGCCCAUUUCUGGGGAAAUGAUUACUAAACUGAUGAUUAUUUUAUUUGUAUUGCUGGCUAUUCUCAACUUCAGGGAAAACGUAAGGUAGCUGUGGAGUUUAAGGAAAAAAAAUGUGUACACAAAAUGAGAAGCCACAUCUGCCUGUAGCACUAGCAAAAAUCAAAGAAGUCUGGCUUAUUUCAACACCGGCCACCCCAAAACAAAAUUAGUAUUUGAAUCAAAUUAACAUAUUUGACUCAAUCACCUAAAAAAUAGCUGUUGGAUGAAAAAAUAAAAGAGAAAAUAGUGUCUAAUUAGUGACUGGCCAUUUUCAAAGUGGCUUCUCCUACAUUAUCUCAUUUUUUAAAAAGUAAAUUUGAUCUUUUUAAAUGUUAGAGUGAAGUGGUUCACAAUUGCUUGAAAUAAGCAAAGGACAUUAUAUUUAUAAGCAUGCAAAUUACAAA